CCGAAUAAUCGAUUUGAUCUGCGAUCAACACUCCUCCCUGGCAUGCGCACUUCCUCAAUUUUACAACAGCAAUAUGGUACCUCCAAUUGUAGUGUCGCCUGUCACAAGACGGCAAGGUGGUCAUUCUUGCUCAUUGGCAUGUUCUAUGGAAAACAGAGAUAUGACUAUCUGAAGCCAAGAGCUGAGGAAGAGAGGCGUGUUGAGGAAGCAGAGAAGAAGAUACGAGAGGAACAGGAAAGAAUAGCCAAAGCACUUGCGGAAGCCUCUGAAGACACCAUCCUGAAAUGAACUUAUGGAUCUACUCUGUCAUGUUAGAAGAAGAAUAAAUGAAUGAUAAACAUAAUUAAUUGAAUGUAUUACAGAAUUCUUCUCUGGUAUAUCUGUUUAGAUAGUAAUGUGCUUAGUUAUUAGUAUAAUACUAACAACGUCCAGUACUCUCAAAACACAUCCAAAAUGUGUUUUGACAUCCAAAUUCAACCAGAUGUCGAACUUCUUUUACCCAGAUGUUUCACAAAUUCUCUGUGAAAUAUUUUGAAUAAUUUUAAUCUCAAAUCGGAGUACAUUUGUCUAUACCCUUGUGUAUUCUACUGUCUAAAUGGAGAGGAAUAAAUAGUAAAGCUAACUGUCUGGUUCCCAGGUGUAUACUGUAUGUCUGGGACUGUUGCCCUGCCCUUCAAUGAUAGGACAAAGGACUAGGUUGUAAUCCAGGCCCAGUUUAGCAUAAAUCCCAGGAUUCAGGUCAUAGGCCAAUCUAAGAAAGUGCUGAGUCAACACUACUGCCACACACUCUUCUGCCUAGGUUCAACCAUGGAGAUAGAUUGAGGACUAGUGCCGAAAUGCAGACGCCUUUUGGGACAGAUAAAUUAUGCGAUGUAUAAGUGUAUGGGUUUAACACAGAAUAGUCAUCUACCUGGCCAAUUUGUGAUUACUUUCAUGAAUAUUUGACAUGCACAUACUUUUUUUAUAAUCUGAAAGCAUUUUGUUGUAACUUGUUCUUGCAUUUCUAUCUGUAUGCUGCUGGGCCAGGGGUAACUUAGAUACUUUGACCCAACCUCUGGCCAUAUGCAUACAAACAAUAGGAUAUUUUACAAAUUAGGUUUCCUGUUAUACAAAACUGACAAGAUACCAUUAGACAAAAUGCAUCCUUUAAAAAUUAAUUUGCUUUAUUUUGGUAAUUGUAGAUAGCACAUACAGAGCUUCAGAAUUCUGGUCAUAUUUACAUGCAAAUAUUUGUAACAGCAAAUUGGGUAAUAAAAUGUUAGUUGCAAUUUUUAAUGGUAUGAUAUUGGAAAGAUUAAGCAAAAAUAAUUGCUGCUUCUAAUAAAUGGGUACUUGAUAUUUAGUUUAAUGUCAACAGAGCAUAACAGUAAUGUUGCACUGACGUUCAUAGAGGAAAUCUAUGUAUUACCUCUUAAUCAUCUGAAAAAAUAUACUAUAAUUUAAAUAUAUUUACAGCAGGAGACUAUUUACAAGUGAUUACAUCUAUCAAAGCAUAGAUACCCCAUAGAAAGUGAGGCUGCUAUAAGAACAUGAUUAUUCUUUGUUCAUAACGAGUACUAGGAGAUUCUAUGGAUCCACUGAGUCGGCUCUUAUCAGAAUCAAGGCCACUGGCUUCAAUAACUAUACCGAGGGAUGGGACUUUGACCAUUAUCCUCAGUGGACCAUUUGGAAAUCCAUCCAUAUUGUUAUAUUGAUCAUACACACACAUAAUUUGAGACAUAUUGUAUCUUGUUUUUACCUUAAGUAUGUCUCAUUCAAAUAUUCUAAAAUAAACAGUGAACAAUUA